UUUUAUAAAACCGCUCAAUGAACACAAUUUUUUAUCCUAAAUCGGCUUUUCCAAACACUCCUUGAUUGACCGAAUUAAGAAAGUCAUUUCCUGCUAUCAAAAGAAAUUCAAUGGAACUGUGGGUUUGGAUUCUCGGCUGGUACCUCUGCAUCCUCACGAUGGUUAUGAAUGGAUUUGUCAUCUUCCUCGUCUGCAGAAAACGUCAGCUUCGCACCAAAACUAACACAUUCAUCGUGUCUUUAGCAGUGGCUGAUUUUUGUGUUGGGAUGAUUGCUGCUCCUUCACGUUUACUCUGCAAAAUGGUAGACGAGUGUAUCUCCGAUAAAGAAAUAAGGUUACUCAUAUAUUAUGUAUGGGGGUUCUUCAUUUAUGCCUCUGGAUCAAACUUACUUGUUUUAGUAUUUGAACGCUACAUCGCCGUGGUGAAGCCUUUGAAAUAUUUGACUUUUAUGAAGCGCAGCCGAGUCAUUCAAAUGGUUCUUACAUCUUGGGGAGUUCCUUUUAUUUUCAUUCUUACUUUAUUGUCGAUUAGUCUCAAUUCAAUCGAUCAUUGGAUGACUAUCAUCGGCUAUUUGCAUUUGCUUUUCGAGGUUAUCUUGUGCGUAACUUUAAUUUUCUGCCUUGUAUCCAUGUUUCUUGUUGUUUACAAACAGAACACUAGAGAUCGCACUUUAGCUAGACAGUUGCAUUUUAAUCAACGGGUCGCUAAAGUGAAAACUCAGAACACGUCAGCGGUAAAAUGGCUGGCUUUCGUAACGUGUAUGUUUCUAUUGUGUUACGGAAUACUUAUGCGUUGUAGUUUCUUAAUUCUAACUGGUCAUGAGUGUGGAAACGAUAUUUAUUACAAAGUACCUCUACAAGUUGUUAACUCUGGAAUAAAUCCUAUAGUUUAUGCUUUCUUCAAAAGAGACAUAAAGCAAGAAUGUAAAAGACUUCUUUUCAAAAGGCGUCGCGGCGCGUUCCUUCUUCGAGAAGUUUUAGUGAGACUUGAUUUUUAUGAGACAGUUCCUUCGGGGCCUUUGGUUGCUGUGGUUUCCUUUAUACUGUGCCAUUGUUUCACCUCAGAAACGGUCUUUGUGAUGUUGUCAUUUACAUGUGAUACUUUGUCUUCGGCAUCUUGA